AUGAUCAAUAGGGAAGAAGGUGGAGUUAUUGAUUUGAAGGUUAGGGUGAUUAUUUGUUCUGGAACUGAGUCUGCUGUUUCACUGCCUGAUGGGAAAGAUAAUCUCAAAGCAGUUAAGGAAAGAGACCCUGCUUGCAUAAACCAUGUGCAUUGCUUCUUGAACUUUAAAGGCUUCUUAGAAUGCCAAUCUCAUAGAGUUGCUCAUAAGCUAUGGCUUCAAGGAAGAAAAGUCUUGGCAGUUAUGAUCCAGAACCGAGUUUCCGAGAUUUUUGCGAUUGGUAUUCAUCCCGGUGCUAAGAUUGGAAGCGGAAUUCUGCUUGAUCAUGUAACUGGAUUAGUGGUUGGUGAAACUGCAGUGAUUGGUAACAUUGUGUCAAUUUUGCAUAGUGUGACUUUGGGUGGAACUGGUAAAGCUUCUGGUGAUAGGCAUCCAAAGAUUGGUGAUGGGGUUUUGAUUGGUGCAGGGACUUGUAUUUUGGGGAACAUUAAGGUUGGUGAAUGUGCUAAGAUUGGUGCUGGUUCUGUGGUGAUUAAGUAUGUUCCUCCUAGGACUACUGUUGUUAGUGAUUUUGUUAUAUUUUAUGAUGUUUGUAUAUAAUUUAUUUAUUAUUUUAUUCAGAAACGGUUUUUCCGGUUGAACCACCGAUUGAACCGGUUGGACCAAUGAACCAAUGAACCAGUAGCUAGAGCGGUUUGAUGACCGGUCCGGUUUUUCGAACCUUGGA